AUGCUCUUCUCGGUGCUCUUUUCGUUAUGGUUCCUAGAUCCUCGAGGGCUACUUGUACUUGGUACGUUCAUUGCCUUGGCCUUCUCACCAACUUCAGCCCAGGAUGAAGAAGGCUGUUGGUUCCGCGAGGAUCCAAACUCGGCCGGUGAUGAUAUCGUCUUUACGCCCCUUGGUGACAACUGGGCCCCUUCGAGCCUAUGCUUUCCAGGCAUCGACGAGUUUCCUACCAGGACCAGCGCGAGCCUCUCAACCCUGCGUACCUCGUCUGUUACUGUGACAGUUUCAAUAACUUCCCUGACGACAAGCACAGCGCUCACAACAAGCGUCGCUAUCACCACUACCACCACCACCACAACUACAACCAUAACCGACAUCGUGGUCGAAACCCAGACCCCCUACAUCCGCACCAUCCUCCGCCACCACAACGCCCACCGCGCAAACCACAGCGCUCCGUCGCUGGUCUGGUCCGAGUCCCUGGCUGGCACCGCGCAGUCCAUCGCCGAAACCUGCAUCUUUCAGCACAACACGACGGCCGACGGCGGCGGGUACGGACAAAACAUCGUGGCGGGCGCGCCGGCAGACCAGAUGGGCGUAGCGGUGACGAACACGUUCUACAACCCCGAGGUGGCUCACUACACGUGGUACGGCAGCGAGCCGGACCUCACCGACUUUGUCCGCUGGGGUCAUUUUUCUCAGCUGAUCUGGACCUCGACGGCUGAAGUUGGCUGCGCGACCGUGGACUGCUCGUCGCAUCCGGGUGGCCUCCAGAACGCACAGGGCCAGCCGUCUUACUUUACCGUGUGCAACUACAAGCCGCCAGGCAAUUAUAUUGGCAUAUUUGCCCCGAAUAUGAGUGCACCGCUUGGCUUCCCGAGUAUCGAUGGUACUUUCGUGUGCGGAAGCAACAUCAAUUGUUGA